AUGAAAUCACGUCAUGAUGGCUUUAAGUCACUCUCGCCAGUGCUGCCGUAUGCUGUCAUUCUCGGCCACACGCAGCUGAUCUGUGUGACUUGGCACCUAGCUGUGCAGGCGCGCCCCUUGCAUUGGGCUCGCCCCAUCAGCCAUGGCUCGGAUGACUGCAGUGGCCAUGCUGCUGCCAGGCCUGCUCGCUGGCUUUGUUAUCGGCGCUGCCAUCGCAUUCAUCAGCAUCAUGCCACUUGCAAUGUUGCGUUGCUCUUCCACAUGUCAACUAAUCCAUACCCACCCCAACCAGCUCACCCAGUGCGUGUUUCCCAUAUCGCGUCGAACUUGUAUUUUCAAGGCUGCGUGCCUCGUCUCUCAACGUGCACCUUUCUUUGUCGCGUCUUGCAGCAAUCACGUGACACCGACAGCCAACAAGUCAACCACCCCCCGAUGCUGCUCUCCUUUUCACUUAACCAUGCCAAUGUCACUGCAACGUCUCAGAAUGCCACGACCCUACCUUCCACUCAGAUCAAGGCCGUCUCCUCCGCCCCUGAGCAUGGCCACGCUCGCAACGCGCCUCUUUACUCAAUCCACACCCUGAGCACUCUCUCCCACUCCUCCCUACCCUCACUCCUACUGCGGGCGUUCCUCUUCCGUCUCUCAUCCUCCUCUUCUCUCCCCACUCCCUUCACCACUCAUCCUGCCUUCCCCCCCUCGCCCUCACCAUGCUGCAGCCACGUGGGAUCUUCUUUCUGCUGCGCAGUCCUAUUUGAGAUGAGAAUGAGGGCGCUUAGCGUGCAGCUGGAAGAUACAAGGAUGGAGUUGGCAGCAACCAAGGGAGAGUUGGAGGAGGCCGAGAGGAGACGAGGGGUGGAGAUAAGGGAAAUGAGAGGGAAGGUGGAGGAGAGGGAGAGGGAGCUGGUCGCAGUGAAGGGGGAGCUUGCUGCACUCAAGAUCUCUGGACGCCUGGAGUACCGGCUGGAGGAUCUGGAACAUUUGAACGGCGCCAAGAUCUUCCGUCCAACCAUGUAUCCGGAUGACAAGAGUCAGCGCAUGCGCAAGUGUCGAGAGUGGCUGGGCCAGCUCGACAAAAUGUUUCGCCACGCGCUUCCAGGUGUGCAGUUCAAGGAGCGAGAGGGAGCUGGUACUGUUCCUGCACACCAUGGAAAACAACCAUGGGGCGUUGAACUUCUACAAAUCGCUGACCCUGAUGCUGCAGUCAACGGAUUAUGA